AUCCCCCAACAACUCCGCCUGUAUAAAUAACCAAGCAGCCUCCUCUUCUUCCUCGCGCCGUUCUCUCUCUCCUUCUCUCUAUCCCUCCCCUCGCCAUCUCUUCGUCGCUCCGAGAGAGAGAACUCAUCUCAUUCUCCUUCCCCGUCCACGCGAAGAGAGAUGGCGUCCCACAUCGUUGGAUAUCCUCGCAUGGGCCCCAAGAGGGAGCUCAAGUUCGCCCUGGAAUCAUUCUGGGAUAAAAAGAGCAGCGCCGAGGAUUUGCAGAAAGUCUCAGCUGAUCUCAGGUCGUCCAUCUGGAAGCAGAUGGCGGAUGCCGGCAUCAAGUACAUUCCCAGCAACACCUUCGCAUACUACGAUCAGGUGCUCGACACCACCGCGAUGCUUGGUGCUGUUCCUCCCAGAUAUGGUUGGAAUGGUGGGGAGAUUGGAUUCGAUGUUUACUUCUCGAUGGCCAGAGGAAAUGCCUCUGUCCCUGCUAUGGAAAUGACCAAGUGGUUUGACACCAACUACCACUACAUUGUGCCUGAAUUGGGUCCUGAUGUCAAAUUCUCUUAUGCUUCUCACAAGGCCAUCACCGAGUACAAGGAGGCCAAGGCGCUUGGAGUAGACACUGUUCCAGUCCUUGUUGGCCCAGUGUCCUAUCUGCUGCUAUCCAAGCCUGCAAAGGGUGUUGAGAAGAACUUUUCUCUUCUCUCCCUUCUCGGAAAAGUACUUCCCAUCUACAAGGAAGUCGUGUCCGAACUUAAGGCAGCUGGUGCUUCAUGGAUUCAGUUUGAUGAGCCCACCCUUGUGAUGGAUCUUGAUUCUCACAAACUGCAAGCAUUUACUGAAGCAUACUCGGAACUGGAAUCAUGUCUUUCUGGCGUGAAUGUUGUCGUCGAAACAUAUUUUGCUGAUGUUCCUGCUGAGGCAUAUAAAGUUCUUACUUCCUUGAAGGGUGUCACUGGAUUUGGAUUUGAUUUGGUCCGUGGAUCACAGACCCUCGAUUUAAUCAAGGGUGGGUUCCCCACAGGCAAGUAUCUCUUUGCUGGAGUUGUUGAUGGGAGGAACAUCUGGGCCAAUGAUCUUGCUGGAUCACUCAGCAUCCUCCAUGCUCUCGAGGGCAUUGUGGGAAAAGACAAACUAGUGGUCUCCACCUCUUGCUCUCUUUUGCACACUGCUGUUGACCUAGUUAAUGAGACCAAAUUGGAUAAGGAAAUCAAGUCAUGGCUUGCAUUUGCUGCUCAGAAGGUCGUUGAAGUCAAUGCCUUAGCCAAGGCAUUGGUCGGACAAAAGGAUGAGGAAUUCUUCUCUGCUAAUGCUGCUGCUCAGGCCUCAAGAAAGUGCUCCCCAAGAGUCACGAACGAAGCUGUCCAGAAGGCUGCUGCUGCUUUGAGGGGCUCUGAUCAUCGCCGUGCCACAACCGUGAGUGCUAGACUUGAUGCUCAGCAAAAGAAGCUUAAUUUGCCAGUCCUCCCAACAACCACCAUCGGCUCCUUCCCUCAGACCAUUGAACUCAGGAGAGUGCGCCGUGAGUACAAGGCCAAAAAGAUCUCUGAGGAAGAAUACGUUAAGGCCAUCAAGGAGGAAAUUAACAAAGUUGUCAAGCUUCAGGAGGAGCUUGACAUAGAUGUCUUGGUUCAUGGGGAGCCUGAGAGGAACGAUAUGGUUGAAUACUUUGGGGAGCAGUUGUCAGGCUUUGCUUUCACCGUUAACGGGUGGGUGCAAUCUUAUGGAUCUCGUUGUGUGAAACCACCCAUCAUCUACGGUGAUGUGAGCCGCCCCAACCCAAUGACUGUCUUCUGGUCCACCACAGCCCAGAGCAUGACUGCUCGCCCGAUGAAGGGAAUGCUUACAGGCCCUGUCACCAUUCUCAACUUCUUUGUCCGAAAUGACCAACCCAGGUUCGAAACUUGCUAUCAAAUUGCCUUGGCCAUCAAGGACGAAGUCGAGGAUCUCGAGAAGGCAGGGAUUAAUGUUAUUCAGAUUGAUGAGGCAGCUUUGAGAGAGGGUCUGCCACUGAGAAAGUCUGAGCAAUCUUUCUACUUGGAUUGGGCUGUCCACUCUUUCAGAAUCACUAACUGUGGUGUCGUGGAUACUACCCAGAUCCACACCCACAUGUGCUACUACUUCAACGACAUCAUCCACUCAAUCAUUGACAUGGAUGCCGACGUCAUCACGAUCGAGAACUCUCGGUCUGAUGAGAAGCUCCUCUCAGUUUUCCGUGAGGGAGUCAAGUAUGGCGCUGGGAUUGGCCCUGGUGUCUAUGACAUCCACUCUCCCAGAAUUCCAUCAACUGAAGAGAUCGCCGACAGAAUCACCAAGAUGCUUGCUGUGCUCGAGACCAACAUAUUGUGGGUUAACCCUGACUGUGGACUCAAGACUCGCAAAUAUACUGAGGUCAAGCCCGCGCUCCUAAACAUGGUCGCCGCCGCCAAGCUCCUCCGCACCCAGCUCGCCAGUGCUAAGUAAUCGAUUCUUCUUACAGGCCAUAUUGUGGCGAUGUCUUUUAUUACUGAUUCAAAUAAUUGUUCUUCUUUAUGGAAUGGUGGGAGCCGCAACAUGCUCUUCCGGGUUUUUUAUUUUUGUCCUUCUGCUAUCCCUCCCUCCUUCUGUCUCCUAGAAAAUAUUGUGUGUACCUAAGAGGAUGAAAAGUGAGUAAAACUAUCAUUACCCUCUUGCGCAUCAA